CGGAGCGGGAGGGAGAUCCGCCGCGGAGUUACGGGAAAGUUGGUCCGAGUUCCCGGAGUUUCCCUCCGAGGUUCCCCGGGCUCGGCCGGCCGGCGCCCCGGCGCCCCUCCUCCCUCCGGCCGUCGCCGUCCACCAAGUCCCUCUUGCUCCGCCAUGGAGCAGCCGCCGGCGCCCAAGAGUAAGCUAAAAAAGCUGAGUGAAGACAGUUUGACUAAGCAACCUGAAGAAGUUUUUGAUGUAUUAGAGAAGCUUGGAGAAGGGUCUUAUGGAAGUGUAUUUAAAGCAAUACAUAAGGAAUCUGGUCAAGUUGUUGCAAUUAAACAAGUACCUGUUGAGUCAGAUCUUCAAGAAAUAAUCAAAGAAAUUUCCAUAAUGCAGCAAUGUGACAGCCCAUAUGUUGUGAAGUACUAUGGCAGUUACUUUAAGAACACAGACCUCUGGAUUGUUAUGGAGUACUGUGGAGCUGGCUCUGUCUCAGAUAUAAUUAGAUUACGAAACAAGACAUUAACAGAAGAUGAAAUUGCAACCAUUCUUAAAUCUACCUUGAAAGGACUGGAAUAUUUGCACUUUAUGAGAAAAAUACACAGAGAUAUAAAAGCUGGAAAUAUUCUCCUCAAUACAGAAGGACAUGCAAAAUUGGCAGAUUUUGGAGUGGCUGGUCAGUUAACAGAUACAAUGGCAAAACGCAAUACUGUGAUAGGAACCCCAUUUUGGAUGGCUCCUGAGGUAAUUCAAGAAAUAGGCUAUAACUGUGUGGCCGACAUCUGGUCCCUUGGUAUUACUUCUAUAGAAAUGGCUGAAGGAAAACCUCCUUAUGCUGAUAUACAUCCGAUGAGGGCUAUUUUUAUGAUUCCCACAAAUCCACCACCAACAUUCAGGAAGCCAGAACUUUGGUCUGAUGAUUUCACCGAUUUUGUUAAAAAGUGCUUAGUGAAGAAUCCUGAACAGAGAGCUACUGCAACACAACUUUUACAGCAUCCUUUUAUCAAGAAUGCAAAACCUGUGUCAAUUUUAAGAGAUCUGAUCACAGAAGCUAUGGAGAUCAAGGCUAAAAGACAUGAAGAACAGCAGCGAGAGUUGGAAGAGGAGGAAGAAAAUUCGGAUGAAGAUGAGCUGGAUUCCCACACCAUGGUGAAGACUAGUUCGGAAAGCGUGGGCACGAUGAGGGCCACAAGCACGAUGAGCGAAGGGGCCCAGACGAUGAUUGAACAUAACAGCACAAUGUUAGAGUCUGAUUUGGGGACGAUGGUUAUAAACAGUGAGGAUGAGGAAGAAGAAGAUGGAACUAUGAAAAUUAAAAAAUCUAAGUUUAGAAGAACUACAGAUGCGGUUAAAAGCACUGGACCCCAUGAUGGAGCGAGAAAUAGAAGAACUUCGUCAAAGAUACACUGCAAAAAGACAGCCCAUUCUGGAUGCGAUGGAUGCAAAGAAAAGAAGGCAGCAAAAUUUUUGAGUCUAAUUUCUUCUCUGUUUAUUUUUAUAGCUAUUCUGGAGACCAAGAAACCACUAGAAAUUGAAGAAAUAUUAUGUUUUGUUUUCUUUUUUUAAUCCUAAGAUUUAUGCUCUACAACUAGGCAAAGGCAGAAUUUACAAUUGUAUCCACUAUGUUUUCACUUUUAAAUGAUGAGAACAACAGAAAUGUAUUUCUCUUUUUCUGUCAACCACAUACCAGCAAUAAAACUGUUAUAAAAUGAAGGCAGUGUUUAGAGACCUUGAAAAUCCAAAGCUAUUGUUUAAUUGUACAGCACUGAAGGGCUUUAUGUUAUAAUAUUCUUUAUUCCUACCUAGUAGCCUAUUUAUUGUAUCCCCUUAGGUAAACUUAUUUAUUUAUGCCAUUUCACUUUGUUUUGUUUUUUAAGGAGACAAUCAGGAUAGCUUUGGUGAAGGUAGGGUCAUGUGAAUAGAUGAUAAUGUACAACCAAAUUCUACUUUAAGCAGGGAGCUACGGGAUACAUUCCUUGAUUUCCAGGAUAGUUUUCCAGUUAGAAGCAAAGCAAUAAUAACAGUAGUACCCAAGUGGGCUAGGCAUUUUUUACAUUGAAGCAAUAAUUCCAUUUUUACCUUUUGAAAUUGUGUUUAAUUUUUUGAUUUUUUGAUGCUUGGUACAAAUAGAACUAUAUAUUUAGGUCACACAGAGCUAAAAUGUUUCAAACCAAAGAAAUCAAUGAAAGCCUUGCACAAAAAAGUGUGGUAAAUAUUUUUAAAGAAAUGAAACCUUAAGACAAAUGUAAUUUGUUGAUAUUGCUUCAUGUUUCAUGUAUAGGUCUGAAGCUAAACUGAAGCAAACUGUAAUAAGCUCAUCAAAUCUAUUCCUAUGAAAAUGUGCUCUAUUAUCACAGGACUUUUUUUGUUGAUUUCAUUUAUUUCUUGGGAAUUGGUAAACAUCAUGUGCCUGAUAUUAACAAAAUAGCAAAAAUAUUUGUAUGAACUAUGCAAGCCUUAGAGACUGGGGGGGGAAAUGAUUAAAACUGUUAGAAAGAAAUUCAUUUCUAAGCUAAAUGAACAUUUGUAUGAUUGAACUGGGACCAGUCAUUUCCUAAGCUACAUAUGGCCAUCUUGACACUGUUUGUUCCUUUGUGUGUUUAAUUACUAUGUUUAAAUCAUAAAGACAAAUAAAUUUUACA